UAGUUGUAUACAUAUAUUAAUAUUAAUUAAUUUAAAAAUCUAUAUAUUGUAUGCAGACAUAACUAUUCUCAAUCCAUGUAAAAAGAUGUAACUAGUAUGUGCCAUAACCAUUAUACUUGUAUAAUUAUUAACGUAGCUUUACGACUUUUGAAUCUAAAUCACCAAAUAUGAUUUGAAUUGUAGAGCUUGUGUAAAACUUAUAAACAUCAAGGAUUUUACACAUUCAAGCCUUGUAUACAGCUAUUUCAAAUAAAGCCUAGCAAAGUUUUUGAUACAUGCUGUAUAACAAGCUUAGAAUGUAUUAGAGAUCAUAUUGUAUGUACACAGUAAAUAAUGUAAGAAAAUAACCCUGAAAAAGGUGCAGACAAAGUUUAGAAACAUUAUAAUAUUUUUGUGACCUUUGUGGCUUGAUAUGGAACAUUUUAAAAAUAGCUGUAUAAAAGGUUUAGAACAAUGAAAGUGUGUACAUAAACCCCUGCCCCAAAUAUAUUUUAUAAUUACUUGUCAAUAAAAUACUCAUGCCUCCCCAUUUCUUCCAUUUAGCAUUUGGUUUUGGAAAGAAUAUCUGCGUCACUUCAGUUUAACAACUGAGAGCAUUGCAAUUGUGUAUUUGUGCCAGCAAUGUAAAAAUGUUACAUUACGAUAAAGUAAAUGUAGAUGUAGUCAUAUAUUAGCACAAUUAUAUAGUUCUUUUAUUGAAGUUGUGUUUAGAUUACAACGGGUAGUGUAGAUAUGAAUUUCAAUGUGAAAGAAAGAAGUGAACGUUUCAUACGUCAGCUUGUGUCUUUAUAUGCUAGGUUAUACAGCACUUAAGACAGUGUUUGGAUCAUAAUGAUAUUUUAUAGUUAUUUAGUAUUGCUACUAAAACCAAAUAAUGAAGGUGAAAGAUCAAAGCAGUUUUAUACCCUUUUAAGAUAAUAUUAUCUAAAAAACUUUUUUUAAAGUUAGGGAUGUUAUAAGAUUACUGUAAGAUGUAAUUAAGCAUUAUUUUUUUCCAAAACAAGAGAACAGAUACUACCCCAGUGGUCGAUUACUGACCUCUAAGAAUUUUUGUUAAGGUCAUCUCUACUAAUACAAUGGCAGGAUAACAGUACUUUUGAAGGCUGUCCUUGAUAGGCUCUCCAUCAAGACCGAGCAAGGGUGGCAAGACACCUGAUCCAGCAUUGCUGAAGCAAGUCAGAACGUAUAAGGAUGUUAUGCAAGAACAGGACCUUCGACGUGAUCAGGCCCAAAUAGUAAAACAGAUUCAGGAUAAGUCCAAGGCAGGGGAGCUACAAGUAACACAGGCAGCACCUUCUAAACAAGAAAGGAAACGUCGUAGAUGGGACCAGCAAGCACAGGGCGAUGAGGCACCUGCAAAGAAAAAGUCAGCCUGGGACCAAGCAGAUAUAUCAACACCAUCAGCCAGUCGCUGGGAUGACACUCCAGGAAGACCCAAGGGAUCUGAAACCCCAGGGGUAACCCCUCAUAGACCAGGGUCAGAAACCCCAGGUGCCACACCCAGUACCAGAAUAUGGGAAGCCACUCCAAGUCAUACAACCCCUGGUCAUGCCACUCCAGGACAUGCUACACCCGGUAGUACAACACCAGGCAUGGCAUCCGCACGCAGGAACCGCUGGGAUGAAACUCCAAAGACAGAAAGAGGAGAAACUCCUGGUCAUUCUACACCUGGUUGGGCAGAGACACCAAGGACAGACAGGACUGGGGCUGAGACACCUGGAGCAACCCCUACACCAGCCAGUAAAAGACGUUCAAGAUGGGAUGAAACUCCUGCUAGUCAAAUGGGUGGUACCACUCCUAUGAUUGGUAGCAGUGGGGUGACGCCAGCUGGGGCUGCUGCCAUGCAAAUGCAGACGCCCACACCAGGUCAGCUGGUAUCCAUGACUCCAGAACAGAUGCAAGCUUACAGAUGGGAGAGAGAAAUUGAUGAAAGAAAUAGACCCUUGUCAGAUGAAGAGCUUGAUACUCUCUUCCCAAAAGAUGGAUACAAGAUUUUAGAUCCUCCCCCAGGAUAUCAGCCAAUUAGAACCCCUGGCCGAAAGCUGACAGCCACACCGACUCCUGCAGGGGGAACAGGCUUUUACAUGCAGCAAGAAGAUCGUUCUGCUAAAGUUGUGGAAGAUCAACCUCCAGGGAAUCUUCCAUACCUCAAGCCAGAUGAUGUCCAAUACUUUGACAAACUGUUGGUUGAUGUGGAUGAGAGCACAUUAGGUCCAGAGGAACUCAAAGAAAGAAAGAUCAUGAAGUUAUUGUUAAAGAUAAAAAACGGCACUCCACCUAUGAGAAAAGCUGCCCUAAGACAAAUAACUGACAAGGCUCGAGAAUUUGGGGCUGGUCCUUUGUUCAAUCAGAUUCUACCUUUACUGAUGUCACCUACACUGGAAGAUCAGGAACGUCACUUGCUCGUCAAGGUCAUUGAUCGUAUUUUAUACAAGCUGGACGAUUUAGUCAGACCUUUUGUACAUAAGAUUCUUGUGGUUAUUGAACCAUUAUUGAUUGAUGAAGAUUACUAUGCAAGAGUUGAAGGCAGAGAAAUCAUCUCUAACUUAGCCAAGGCAGCAGGUCUGGCUACUAUGAUCUCCACAAUGAGACCUGAUAUUGACAAUAUUGAUGAGUAUGUCCGUAACACUACAGCUAGGGCUUUUGCUGUUGUAGCAUCUGCUUUGGGUAUUCCAUCAUUGUUGCCAUUCUUGAAGGCUGUGUGCCGUAGCAAGAAGUCAUGGCAAGCAAGACAUACUGGCAUCAAAAUUGUCCAGCAGAUUGCCAUUCUUAUGGGCUGUGCCAUUUUACCUCAUCUUAGAAACCUUGUGGAGAUUAUUGAACAUGGUCUCGUUGAUGAACAGCAAAAAGUAAGAACAAUUACUGCUCUUGCUUUGGCAGCUUUGGCUGAAGCUGCUACCCCAUAUGGUAUUGAGUCAUUUGAUAGUGUACUGAAGCCUCUAUGGAAAGGUAUCAGGCAGCACAGAGGAAAGGGUCUAGCUGCUUUCUUAAAAGCCAUUGGUUACCUGAUCCCUCUCAUGGAUCCAGAGUAUGCUAACUACUAUACCCGUGAAGUGAUGAUCAUCCUCAUUCGUGAGUUUCAAAGUCCAGAUGAGGAGAUGAAAAAGAUUGUACUUAAGGUGGUGAAACAGUGUUGUGCAACAGAUGGUGUUGAACCAUCCUACAUCAAACAAGAUAUCCUGCCUGACUUCUUCAAGCACUUUUGGCAGCACAGAAUGGCUUUGGAUAGGAGAAAUUAUCGACAGCUUGUUGACACCACUGUGGAGCUGGCAAACAAAGUUGGACCAUCUGAAAUCAUUAACCGCAUUGUGGAUGAUCUGAAAGAUGAAAAUGAACAAUACAGAAAGAUGGUCAUGGAAACUAUUGAAAAGAUCAUGGGUAAUCUUGGAUCAGCUGACAUUGACUCAAGACUUGAGGAACAGUUGAUUGAUGGUAUACUCUAUGCAUUCCAGGAACAGACUCAGGAGGAUAUUGUCAUGUUGAAUGGUUUUGGCACAGUAGUAAAUGCCUUGAGCAAAAGAGUAAAACCCUACUUGCCUCAGAUCUGUGGUACUAUUCUAUGGCGUUUAAACAACAAGUCAGCUAAGGUCAGACAGCAGGCUGCAGACUUGAUUUCCAGGAUUGCUCAGGUCAUGAUGACAUGCGGAGAGGAAAAACUGUUAGGCCAUCUUGGUGUUGUAUUGUAUGAAUACCUUGGUGAAGAGUACCCUGAAGUAUUGGGCAGUAUUUUGGGAGCCCUCAAGGCCGUGGUGAAUGUGAUUGGUAUGAACAAGAUGACUCCACCAAUCAAAGAUCUGUUGCCAAGACUCACGCCCAUCCUCAAAAACAGACAUGAGAAGGUCCAAGAAAACUGCAUUGAUCUGGUUGGUCGUAUAGCAGAUCGUGGUGCCGAGCAUGUGGGUGCUAGAGAAUGGAUGAGAAUCUGUUUUGAACUGCUGGAGUUACUCAAGGCACACAAAAAGGCUAUAAGAAGAGCAACAGUCAAUACCUUUGGUUAUAUUGCAAAGGCCAUUGGACCUCAGGAUGUACUUGCUACUUUGCUUAACAAUCUCAAAGUACAAGAGCGACAGAAUCGUGUCUGUACAACUGUAGCUAUCGCUAUCGUAGCAGAGACCUGUUCUCCAUUCACUGUACUGCCAGCCUUAAUGAACGAAUAUCGGGUUCCAGAGCUCAAUGUACAGAACGGUGUUCUCAAGUCAUUGUCGUUCCUGUUUGAAUAUAUCGGAGAAAUGGGAAAAGAUUACAUCUAUGCUGUGACGACGUUAUUAGAAGAUGCCCUUAUGGAUAGGGAUCUUGUUCAUCGUCAGACAGCAUGUUCAGCCAUCAAACACAUGUCUUUAGGUGUGUUUGGUCUGGGCUGUGAAGACGCUCUGUGUCAUCUUAUGAAUUACAUCUGGCCAAAUAUCUUCGAGACGUCUCCUCACGUCAUCAACGCUGUUAUGGAGGCAGUAGAUGGACUACGAGUUGCUCUCGGGCCAGCCAAAACCUUACAAUACUGCAUGCAGGGUCUAUUCCAUCCGGCAAGAAAAGUCCGUGAUGUGUACUGGAAAAUAUAUAAUAAUCUCUACAUUGGAUCACAGGAUGCACUGGUCGCUGCCUAUCCAACUGGACAGAAUGAAGAAAAGAACAACUUCGUUCGCUCAGAGCUUAUGUACUUUAUCUGAGUCUAUUUAUUGACCCACAAAUUACAGCAAAACUUGUAAAUCGAUUAAUACUUUGUAGUUUAUCAUAUAAUGGGAUAUGAAAUAACUCCCCGGAUAUAUAGUAUCCCAAUGUCAUGUUAUAUCGAUAAUCGAUACUUCGUAGACUAAACCAACGCCUUCAUUAUUAGUCCUUUAUAGGCUGUAUCGGUCUCUGCGCACCUUCUUCAAGUUAUAGAGAGAUUGAUUGGGUUUUAAUACGUUUCACUCAUCUAGCUUACAUCAGCUCUCACAAAUGAUAGUUUUAAUCUAUAAUGACUAUGCCUUAUACGUAUGUAAUAAAUAAAGGCACUUGGCGAGUGUUUGUAUAAAAUAAAGAGGAAAAUCAUGGCCAAGUCUUAAUACAUAAUUAUGUAUUUCUGCUGAGCGUAGAAAAAAAAACCUUUGUAAAGUUGAACGAAAUAAAAAUUCUUUUCCCA